UUCGGGAUAGUGAUGGAUACGACCUGAUCCGAUCCUGUGGUGUCUGGGACCAUAACUGAAAAUCGUAUCUCGUCGGUGUCUUUGGUCAGUGGCUCGAGCUGGUUUUCAACGCGUAUAAUUCCAAAAGUGUCUGAAGCAAUUAUAAAUCAUAAAAUGAAUGAUUCUGUAGAUAACCUUUACGAACUAAAAAAAUGUAGUAAAUGGAUCAACGAGUGUAAUUUAAAUAAGGUAUGUCUGCAAUUUCCUGAUAACCUUUUACCAGAUUCAGUAGAAAUUGCAUUACAUUUAGAAAAUCAUAUCAAUAAGAAAGUAUAUAUUUUGGGAGAUACUACUUGUGGCAGCUGCUGUGUUGAUGAAAUUGCAGCUGAACAUAUUCAUGCUGAUAGCAUAAUACAUUUUGGUCAUAGUUGUUUAAGUCCUAGCAUUCGUUUACCCGUAUUUCAUGUUUUACCUAAGAAAGAGAUUGAUAUAGAAGAAUUAAUUAACAGAUUUAAAUCCAAUUUUGAAAAUAAAUCUGAAAGAAUUUUGUUUUUCUAUGAUGUUGUUUAUGCACAUAAAAUUGAAGAUAUAUAUAAAAUUUUAAGCCCUAUUUACAAAAACUUAAUUUUCACUUCAUUAAAUUGCACCUCUAAUGUGGAAUUUACACAAACAAAAGAUAGUUCAGCUAUAAGUAUCUUGGGCAGAUCUUUUAAAUUAGAAGAAAAUUAUAAAAUACAAGAUUAUAUAGCAUUUUUCUUGGGAAAUGAUGGAAAAACAUUUACUGCAUUAGCAGUGACAAUUCCUGCAAAAAAGUGGUAUUAUUUUGAAGCCAGUAAUAUUAUUGAAUAUGAAGCUUUGAAUACACCAUGGUUAAAAAGAAGAAGGUUCUUAAUUGAAAAAUUAAAAGAUGCUAAAGUUGUUGGCAUAGUUGUAGCAACUCUUGGUAUUAAAGAUUAUCUUAAAAUAAUAACAAUGAUGAAAGAUAUCUUAAAACAAAAAAAUAAAAAGUCUUACAUCUUAAGCGUUGGUAAAAUCAAUCCAGUAAAACUUGCUAAUUUUCCAGAAAUUGAUGCUUUUGUUGCAAUAACAUGUCCUGAAAAUGAAGUUUUUGAUUCUAGAGAAUUUUUAAAACCAAUACUUAUACCUUAUGAAGUAGAAUUGGCAUUUAAUAGUUCAAGGGAAUGUUACACACAAUAUUGUAUGGAUUUUAGACAAAUACUUCCUAGCGGUUUGAAUUAUGUUGAUUUUAAAGCAUCAACAAAUUCAGAUAUUUCUUUAAUAACUGGUGAGCUUAGAAAUUGUGAUGAAAGUGUACCGUGUACAGAUAAAAUGAGUGCUUUAGCAAUUAAUAACUCGGCAGGUAUUGUUGCAAUUGGUAAAGCAGGAGCCGAAUAUUUGUAUAAUAGAUCUUGGAAAGGAGUUGAACAGAGAUUGGGAAAAGAUGCAGUGCAUUCAGCAGAAGUUGGUCGUUGUGGUUUACCAAGUAGUUAUGGAAAUGAACCUAUCUCUGUAGAGAAAAAAUAAAAAAUAAAUAUAAAAAUUUC